AUGGCUAUGCUCAAGCAAUUGAUGAUUAAUGCACCUUUGGUUGAGGCACUUGAACAAAUGCCAGGCCAUGCCAAGUUCAUGAAAGACCUUAUCCCAAAGAAGAGGAAGGCUGACCCAGGUGCAUUCACUUCUCCAUGCAAGGUUGGGUCUUUGGAUGUUGCAAAGGCAUUAUGUGAUUUAGGUGCCAGCAUGAAUUUGAUGCCACUUGUUGUAUGGAAGAAGCUGGGUUUGGAAGAUCAAACACCUACUAUUAUACAACUGGUGAUGGCAGAUAGGUCAAUAAAGUGGCCUGUUGGAAUUUUGCAUGAUGUGUUGGUAAAAGUAGCAGACUUUAUUCUUCCUGUUGAUUUUAUGGUACUGCAUUGUGAUGUGGACUUCAAGGUACCCAUUAUCUUGGGAUGGUCACUCUUCGCAAUAGGAAGAUUAAUAGUUGGCGUGGACAACAGGAUUUGGCACGGUAAAAAGGAGGCAAAAUUCAAAAUACAUCAACCCGUGUCACAACAAAAUGAUAUGAAUGUCUUCCCAAUCAUUGAUGUCUUCAAUGAGGAUGAAAAAGGGGUAUCAAUAGGUUGUCUUGGCGAAUUCUGA